CCGCGUCCCCUCCCCGGCCGGCGGGAGGUGGCGGCUCUCCCAUGCCGCCCGCCUCGCCCCCUGCUCUGAAUUUCUGCUCGUCGGCCGAUCUGGGGAGAGACGGGGAGGGGGUGCGUCCCCUCGCACUUUCCCCCCCCCCCCCUCCACUUCGUUUUUUCCACCCUUUUUUGCCUUCCCUCCAUUACGCCCCCCCUCCUCCCCAGCCCGCUUCUCCUCCACCGGGACUGUUCGGCGGCCAUGCGGCCGGUCCCGGGCGAGCGGCUCUAACUCGCCACCUCGCCCGGAUGGCCCCCCGGACCCGCGGGCGGAUGGAGCCGAGCUACGUCGUGGGUAUCUGCUGCCUGGUGCUGCUGGAGCCGGGUCGGGUGUGGAGCGGCGAGCCCAGCACCGGGGGGCCCGGGGAGAGCGGGAACAGCAGCCAGGCACCGCCGCCGGAGACCACGGCCCCCGCGCCCACCGGAGCGGCACCACCGGGGGGGGACCGCUGCCGGGGGUACUACGACGUGAUGGGGCAGUGGGACCCGCCGUUCAACUGCAACGCCGGCAUCUACCAGUACUGCUGCGGGACCUGCGGGUACCGCUUCUGCUGUCAGUUCAAGCCCGGGCGGCUGGACCAGAGUGGCUGCUCCAACUACGACACCCCCAACUGGGUCAACACGGGCCAGCCACCUGCCCGGGUGGACGAGACCCCCCAGGACCCCACUCGUGACAGGACCAACAUGAUCGUCUACAUCAUCUGUGGUGUGGUGGCCAUCAUGGUGCUGGUGGGCAUCUUCACCAAGCUGGGCCUGGAGAAGGCACAGGGUCCCCAGACAGAGAUGACCGUCUCCAGGACACUGACAGAUCUGCUGAAGCAGCCAGGCCAGAGCCCUUCUGAGAACAUGGACAGCCUCAUGGGGGGUGUGCAGGUCCCACUGGGCGAGGGGCUGGCCCGGGGCCCCCCCAGAAACAGCACAGACAAGCCGCCCUUGAACAACGCGGUGGCCAUUGCUCCCUCACUGGGGCGGCCCCACAGCCACAGCAAGCGCCUGCCACUGGCCAGCAGCCUGGCCCUGUCAGCCUCAGACUACACUUCCUACACCACCCUCAAGGUUGGAGAGAGCGCCUCCGAGGACUUCUACAGGCGAUUCGGGGGGCUGGAGACACCCCCCGCCAGCACACUGCCCUUCACAACCACCGAGACACCAGUGCUGUCCAAGGGCUGCCCCCUGCCCAAGGCCAAGGGCCCCAAGCUGCCAGGGAGCCUGGCCUUCCCAGGGGGCUGGGAGGGGGCCCCCCAUCGUGGCCCCCACCGGCCGGGCCUGGCCACCCUGCGUCCUGAGGGGCCACCCGAGACCUUUGGCCCCUCCACUCCCCUGUACGGCCAGCACACCCGGCACCUCGCCACCAACAGCAAGACUGAAGUCACCGUCUGACGACCAGCACUACCAGAGGCUGGGGCUGCCCCCUCAGCUGGGUGUUGCUGCCCUCGGGGGGGCAGCCCACCAGAGCAAGGCAUCUUAGGACCUACGUAAACUGCAAUGGCUGGCCAGAGGGGGAGACGUGCCGUCCUUCCUCCCCUCCAGAGAUGGGAACUGCCAGCUGCACUUCACCAAUGAGGAGGCAUUGGGGUCUCAUCUGGGGAACAAGUUUCAGCCAUUCUCAGCCCACCCCAUGAAAAGGCUGAGCUGUGGGCACACUGGCACAGCAGUACCCUGUGCAAGGGACAGGGACCAGUGCUGGACAGACUGGGAACACAUCCUGCUGUGGCCAGGCACCCCCAGCUCCUGUGAGCAGGUGGCGGGGAAGAGCAAUGGACUCAAAGCACCAGCCCGGUGCUGCCAGUAAAGCCCCAGCAGCCCCUUUCCCUCCCGAGCCUCCCCUUUCCCACUGCCCCCGCCUCCACCUUGUCAAUAAAUAAUACA